AUGAUUCGGAAACAGGCUCGACAACGGCGCGACUACCUCUAUCGCAAGGCCCUUAUACUGAAAGAGGCAGAGACGACCGAGAAACGCGCCCAGCUGCGAUCUGCCCUUGCUUCUGGCAAGCCUAUCGACCCAGAAAUCGCAAAGAACAAGGCGCUGCGGAAAGACUACCAGUAUGACGAAUCGCGACCCGAUCGUAGCGUGGAGGAGGAGAUGGACCUUGACGACGAGUACUCUCAGCUUUCGGGGAUUUCCGAACCUCGAAUUCUUGUCUCGACUUCAAGAGAACCGUCCUCGCGCCUGUCGGCAUUUUCCAAGGAAAUCAGAUUGCUAUUGCCGACAUCCGUUAGGCUUAAUCGUGGAAACCUGAUUCUCCCCGAUCUUGUGCAGUCUAGCAAAUCAAAUGGUCUCUCAGACAUCGUACUCCUUCACGAACAUCGAGGUGUACCAACUGCCAUGACUAUUUCUCACCUUCCUCACGGACCUACGGCUUCGUUCUCUCUACACAACGUUGUGUUGCGGCACGAUAUCCCUGGGAGCAUCAGAGGUUCCGUCUCAGAGGCGUACCCCCAUCUGAUUUUUGAGGGGUUCAAGAGUCGGCUUGGCCAGCGGAUCGUAAAGAUCCUGAAGCAUCUUUUCCCUCCUCGCGAUCCAAUUACCACCAAGGCCAAGAUAGGAUCAAGAGUAGUGACAUUUGUGAACAAUGAGGAUUCCAUAGAAGUGAGACAUCACGUCUUUGUACGGACUUCAUACGAUUCUGUCGAGCUUGCUGAGGUCGGACCUCGGAUGACAAUGCGUCCGUUCGAGAUCCGUGGUGGCACUUUGGAAAAUAAGGACGGCGACACUGAAUGGCAUCUUACACAGUACACUCGUACUGGUAGAAAGAAGGAAUAUCUAUGA